AUGCUCUUUCUUAUCGAUGAGUGUGCUAAAAUUUUACACUGCCAUCCCAAAUCAUUGCGAGAUAACAUACUUCAUCCAUCUAAGCGAGCAUUACUUGUAUCAAAGCUUAAAGGAAGAAAAGUCCGUACUCUCUAUUCAGACAGGAACGGAUUUCGGAAAACUUUUACAAUUCAUGGACUGACUUAUAAAGGAGCCCAUUGUACUAUGGCUUAUGGUGCUUUAUCUCGACCUUUUAAUGUAUCAGUAGCAGCUCAUUUUUACUCUCGACAUAGAAUUCGUCUGCAAUAUCCUUAUCUUCAGUGUGUGAUUGAACACUUCCCGCGCCGAUGCGAAGAUCGAUUUUAUCCUCUAGAAUUAUUAGAGUUUGUUGAUGAAAAAGUGGAAGACUACAUUGGUUUUCAACUUGAUGAUAAACCACUCUAUUCUGAAGUUUCAGAUAAAUUACAAAUUGGUAAAGAAACAACAAGUGAUUCGGACAAAAAUAUUGAUGAUACUCUACAUUUUGAAGAUGAUUUUGAUGAGAUGGAAGGGUGGUAA